UUAAACUUAUUUAUUAUGAUAAUAGAGCCUCCCAUUGGUGCUCCUAAAAAUCUGGUUCUAUUGGAAACAGAAUAUAAUGUCAUUUGGGAUGAACUCAAAUGCUCUGAACAAAAUGGUCUAAUCACAGGCUAUACAGUGAUGAUCAGCAACAGUAGUAUCACAUACAACCUCACCAGCACUAAUACACACAUCACAUUGAAUGACCUAGUAUUUGAUACUGAAUAUAACAUCAGUGUAGCUGCAGUGAAUGCUAUUGGAAGUGGUCCUUUCAGUGAUCACAUAACAAUAGUAUUAUAUGUCUCAUCUCCUUCAUCUUCAAUAUUCCUUCCAUCAUCAUCAUCCCUAAUAUAUUAUCAUACUCAUGCUACAUCAGUACCACGACUUCUUCUACUAUCAUCUUCUCAAACAUCACCUCCAACUACAAGUACAUCAUAUACUCCAACACCAUUUACAACAUCACCUCCAAUAUUACCUUUAAAUACCACAACAAUUCUUGCUACAGGUGUUGUACUAAUAGUAUCAAUUCUACUAAUAAUCAUCAUUGUCAUAGUAUGCAUUUUAAGGUACAGUACAUUAAUUUCUGUGCAUACAUGUAUUCAUAUUAUGUUGCACAUUAUUGUGUAG